GACAGCAAGAGGUUCAAGGGGGACAGCAGGGGCACCCAGGGCCCCUCCAGAGUGAUCCACCUCCACAGGCUGCCAAGCAGUGUCACGGAAAAAGAGAUUCUCUGUCUCGCGCUGCCUUUUGGGAAGGUCUCCAACCUACUGUUUCUGAGGGCGAAGAACCAGGCCUUCAUGGAGAUGAGCACAGAGGAGUCCGCCAACACCAUGGUCAACUACUACACCUGGAUGACUCCCGUGCUGUGUGGGCAGCCCGUUCACAUCCAGUUCUCCCACUACAAGGAGCUCAAGGUGAGCAGCCCCCCCCACCAGAUGGGUGCCCAGCCGUGGCUGCCAGCUGAGGACCGGUACCAGGCAUGGAAUGUGGCCUCGGCCACCCCUGCCUCUGCUGUGGACACGGGGUUAGUGGUGGCCGGACAGGGCUCUGUGCUCAGGAUCACUGUGGAGAACUACUUCUACCAGGUGACCUUGGAAGUGCUUCACCAGCUCUUCUCCAGGUUUGGCACAGUUCUGAAAAUUAUCCUGUAUACCAAGAACGACCUGUUCCAGGCGCUGUUACAGUAUGCUCACGCGGGGAGUGCCGAGAGUGCCAAGCUGUUCUUGGAUGGGCAGAACAUCUAUGACGCCUGCUGCACACUGCGCAUCUCCUUCUCCGAGCUCACCAACCUCAUAGUCAAGUACAACAAUGACAAGAGCCGUGACUACACGCGCCCAGACCUGCCCUCAGAUGACAGUCAGCCCUCGCUGGUCCAGGUCCGGAACAUGGCUGCAGCCUUCUCUACACCUGCCACGACCUCAGCUUCUCCCUAUGCAAGCACUGCAUCACCUCACACCUUUGAAAUGCCUCAAGCUGCAGGCUUGACCAUCCCAGAAGUGUUUAAGACCCUGGCGCCCCAAGAACUAUCAGAAGUCUUUAAGGCCCUGGGCCCCAAAGCCAUACCAGAAAUGGCCAUGGAAUCAUCAUCUUCAUCCAUAGCAGCAGCAGCAGGGGCGGCGGCAGCACCUGGGGCAGAGAGCUCAGUGGUCACCUCAGGCUCCCCAGGUGUGGGGAACCCUGUGCUCCUGGUUGCCAACCUCAAUCCUGAGAAAGUCACACCCCAAAGCCUCUUCAUCCUCUUUGGUGCCUAUGGCAAUGUGCACCGAGUGAAGAUCUUGUUCAACAGGAAGGAGACCGCGCUAGUGCAGAUGGAAGAUGAGAGUCAGGCUAAGCUGGCCCUGAGGUACCUGAACGGGCACAAGCUGUAUGGGAAGGCUCUCUGCAUCCUGCUGUCGAAGCACCAGAGCGUGAAGCUGCCCCGGGAGGGCAAGGAGGACCAGAGCCUCACCAAGGACUAUGUCAACUCCCCGAUGCACCGCUUUAAGAAGCCCGGAUCCAAGAACUUCCAGAACAUCUUCCCGCCCUCAGCCACCCUGCACCUCUCCAACCUACCCUCCACUGUGUCUGAGGAAGAGCUCAGGAACCUCUUCUCCAGCAAGCUGGGCGCUGUCAAGGCCUUCAAGUUCUUCCCCAAGAACCACAAGAUGGCGCUGAUCCGGAUGGGCUCUGUAGAGGAGGCCAUCCAGGCUCUUGUAGACCUGCAUGGUCACCUCCUAGGCCAGAACCACCACAUGCGAGUCUCCUUCUCCAGGAUCACUAUCUAG